AUUUGACAUCGUCCGGCGCUCAAAUUUGGUCUCGUAUCAAUGUGCUCUUCUGAAGAGUCAUCUAACCUUGGCAAACAAGGCAGUAGAGCCAGCCAAGUAGAAUCCGUCCGAGUUGGAAGGUCCCGUAUAAGAGCUGACAUGGCUUGAGAAUUCACGCCUCCGAUCCAAAACUCCCUCUGCGAUAUUGUCUGCUUUUUGUCCAAGCGAACGACUUGCUUUCGUUGCAUCUCCUGUGGGCCCCUUCGAGGAUAGCCUACGAUCCUAAGACGCAUACUCUGCCGAUCCUGCCACCUUUCUUGGGGCGAAGCUCCCGAAACUUUAACCUCAGACUACGGAUUUCCGAACCACCAAGUCCGGCUCGAUGUUCCGUGCGAAGCAACGUCCCGUUUGCUGCCGAAAUCGAGGGCACGGAACGAUCUUGUCAGAGCCGCGUUCCGCGUUGUUGACGGCAGGUCUUUAAACGAGCUUGACGGUUCGCAAGAAUGGCUUCAUCCGCGGCCCCGUGGGGCUUGCGCUGGAGGUCCAGCACCUUCUUCAUCGUGUUCGUCGUCGGCGUCGGCAUUUUCACGGAUCUCGUCACCUAUUCCAUCGUCGUUCCCGUCUUGCCUUUCGUGCUGCGCGACCGCGUCGGAGUGCCGGAUCACCGGCUGCAGAUCUAUGUUUCCGUCCUCAUCGGUGUCAUGGCCGCCGCCAGCUUCGUUUUCAGCCCUGUUGCCGGCGUCAUUGCAGACAGGACGGGCAACCGGCAGCGGCCAUUCCUUGCCGGUCUGUUUGCUCUGCUCUUCUCGACCAUAUUGCUUGCCACAGGCGAGACGGUCGGCCUGAUCGCGCUCGCUAGAGUGUUGCAGGGAAUGAGCAGCGCCGUCGUCUGGGUCGUCGGAUUGGCAAUCUGUCUCGAGACCGUCGGGCCCAACAGGCUAGGGACCACCAUCGGAACCAUCUUCAGCUUUGUCAACCUGGGUACGCAGGCUGCGCCCGUGUUGGGUGGCGUUCUGUAUUCAAAAACGGGCUACGCGAGCGUCUUCGCGCUCUGCCUAGGGCUGGUCUGCAUCGACAUCGUCUUGCGCUUGUUGAUGAUCGAGAAAAAGACGGCCGCUCGGUACAGGGCAGAGCUACCGGAUCAUGCGUGCCCUAGUCCAGUUGACGGACAGGUGGAAGAGCAAACGCCUCUUCUGGAAGAUUCAACGGCACAACCUGAUCUGGAGGCGUAUCGGCUGCCUGCACCCUCCAACUGGCUGACGAGGAAGAAUCCAAUAUUUCUGAUGCUCGGGAACUCUGCACUUAUUACCUCGUUUUACAUUGGCUUCGUGCAGGCUUUCCUCAUUGGUUCGUACGAUUCCACCAUUCCACUGAUCGCGCUGGAGUACUACAAUUUCGACUCUCUCAAGACCGGCAUUUUGUUCCUCGCCCUCGGUUUGCCAGGUAUGGUGUCAGGGCCCCUUGCAGGAUGGGCAGUCGACAAGUACAGCCCUCGCAUCGUUGCGAUAUUAGGCUACGGAUAUCUGGUCCCGAUGCACAUUUUAUUUCGCGUACCGAGACCUGGAGGUCCUGUGCAAGUUGCGAUAUUUGCUGUUAUUCUUGCGCUCUCGUCGAUAGGCAACGCGGCGAUCGACUCCCCGUCUAUGGUAGAAGCGGGAAUCAUUGUUGAGAAGUAUCACAAGGCGAACCCUGCUUUGUUUGGCGACGUCGGGCCGUACGCGCAACUGUACGGCAUGAACAGCAUGGUGUUCUCGCUGGGUGUCACCGUCGGUCCUGUUGUCGCUGGGGCACUGAAGGAUACGAUUGGAUACGGAAACAUGAACGCAGUUAUGGCCGCUGUUUGCGGCAGCGCUGCAAUAUUGAGCUGGCGUUAUCUGGGCACAGAACCGUCGUUGAUAUCGUCGAAAGGUGGCGACGAAAUUGACGGGGUAGACUGCGAUUGAUUUAAUCGACGGAAUACGGAGAAGAGUAACCAUCACAUUUGUCAUUAGGCGGCGGCGUUAGGUCCCAUAGAUUAUAAGAUUGCAUUUAGGAAGAAAAAAAAUCCGCUUGCUCGUUUGCAAGCGCUGGUAAUACAUCCCCGUGUAAGGAACGGACUUAGGGCGAUACCAAACAUCGACUACACCCGUCUCCGGCUCUCCUUUCAACCUUACUUUAUGAAAUUAGAAUUAGAAGCUUCAGCUUGGACAGUAUACUUAAC